AUGGCCCUAGUGGAGGAAAUUCUACGUGUGUCGAAAGACGGCGCGGGUCAAAACAACGGGUUUUACGUUUUGCCUGAAGAAUUCAACACUACUACCCCCCUAGACGUGGAUCAAGUCGAUGGCAUCUUGUUGUACCAGUUGACUGAAAAUACAGAACUAACAGACCGACAAUUUGCGUAUCUGAAAGAAUGCUUCCAGAGGGUACAACAGCAAAAACGUAUUGCCAAAAAAUCUCAGCAACAGGUGAGCGAAACGUUUCUGGAAAUUGAGCGAUUGGUCCUCGGUUACGGACUGGUGCUAUUCCAGAUCGAAGAGUUCUCACCGGGGGAGCAUAACUUUUUGAGCUAUAUGACCCAAAUCGUCGCUCAGGUGGAUCAAUAUGUCGACUUUCUAUCUCAGCUCGUCCAGCGCGCCAUACAAGAAGAAACGCUACUUGAGUUUACCGAAAGCUUACUGAUGUCUUUGAAAUUUUACAUUGACUCGCUCAAACUGUUCAAUUUGAAUGAGUCGCAAAUCGUUUCCGCAGUGCUCACGCUUUUCGAGCUCUUUGUUUCGUUCAAACCCGUUGCUGCCAUCAUUACUCGAGUGAGUGGGUUUUUCGCCGACUACAACGUGAAACCUAAUCAAUACGAAAAGGUUACACUCUUGGGACCCAUUCUAACGUUGUCUCCGCUCAAUGCCAGUGUCGCGCUCCAGAAUUACGGCGACAAUCUGGAAAGAACUCGCCAGCAAACAAAUGUUAUUCACGAGUCAUUGCAAACCGAGCAUAAAAUGAUUUUAGACCGUCUCUUUUACAUUAUAGACAAGAUCGUAAGAGGCUCGAAUGAUUCUCGUUCGGACUUAUUGACUUAUUUCGCCCAAAUCAUCAACAAAAAUCAUUUACGGAGAGGUGAUCACGCAAACGCAAAUAAGUUGGCUUCAAAUGCUUUUGUCACAAAUAUCGCACUACUAUUAGUGCGCUUCUCGCAGCCAUUUUUGGAUGUUUCUUACAAAAAGAUUGAUAAGAUUGACGUCAAUUACUUUAACAAUCUCAACCUAUAUCUGGACCUCUCAGAUGAAACACGCAUGAACUCUGACUUUAAGGAAGCAGACGAAUUCUACGAUCAAAACAAAAAAUCCGAUGAUAACAAGCCCAAUUUUAUUUCGGACUGUUUCUUUCUUACUUUAGCAUAUUUGCAUUACGGUGUUGGCGGAGCUAUCCUCUAUGAUGAAAAGGUCACUCCGCAGGUAAGGCGUAUGAGGGAAGAAAUGUCAAGAAUCAAGAGAGCUGCACAAUCCCAGGAUAUGUUUGCCAGAUUCGCGUCGAUGCAGCUUCCCGCUUUGGAGAAAUCUCUGCAAACGAUGCAGUCUAUCAAGCACUCGUUGCAAGGAUUUUUCUCCAAUAAGAACCUGCAGCUCGAAAUUUUCGAUUUCAUUAGCGGCGCCUCCACGUUCCUCAUUAGAGUCAUUGACCCAAAUCAUAAAUUUCCCUUCAAAAAUAUCGCUCUUCCCUUGAUUCCAGAUCAGGUCGGUGUCGAAAAUGUUGAUAACGCAGAUUAUCUUCGGCAAAACGCCCCGAUUCCCUUCAAAUAUUAUCCUGAGUUUGUUAUCGAAGGAAUAAUAAAUUACACACAGCACAUUUCCAAGUUCGUGAUGUCUCCGCUAUUUGGAAAUCCACGUUUGCAUUCCUUUAUUGAGUUGGCAACGGUGGUCCUGAGAUGUCCUGAGCUUGUUUCGAAUCCCCAUUUAAAAGGAAAACUAGUCCAGGUCUUGAGUCUGGGCGCCAUGCCAAUGCGUGAGAAUACGCCAGGAUUUAUGAUGGACGUUUUCGAAAAUAACGAGCUCGUCAGUAGUCAUUUGCUGUAUGCUUUGCUGGAUUUCUAUGUCAUCGUGGAGAAAACUGGUUCAUCUUCACAGUUUUACGACAAGUUCAAUAGUCGAUACAGCAUUUCUGUUCUUUUGGAAGAGCUCUACAAGAUACCCGCUUAUCGUCAGAAAAUUAUUUGGCAAUCACAAAACAACGCCGAUUUCUUCGUCCGCUUCGUGGCGAGAAUGCUCAAUGACUUGACAUUCUUGUUGGACGAGGGCUUAAGCAGCUUAGCUGAAGUACACAAUAUCCAGCUCGAGCUGGAUAACAGGGCGCGAGGUGCUGCACCUAUUAGAGAAGAAAACGAUCAAGAACUACAAACAAAGCUCGCUUCAUCAGAGAGACAAGCGAGAUCAAGCUGUGGAUUGUCUGAGAAGUCAAUCACUCUAUUCAACAUCUUUUCCAAGGACAUCCCUGGCGCUUUCUGCACCCCAGAAAUUGUUGAUAGACUAGCAGGUAUGUUAGACUACAACUUAGCAUCUUUGGUUGGCCCCAAAUGCCGAGAAUUAAAGGUAAAAGAUCCUGAGAAAUACAGCUUUGAUGCCAAGUCAUUGCUCAAAUUGCUUUGCACCGUCUUUACGAAUUUGUCAGAACAGCCGGAGUUUAUCAGUGCCGUUGCUCGGGAUGGUAGAUCUUUCAGCAGAGCGAUGUUUGACCGUGCUGUUCACAUCUUAGGAACUAAGACUGGGCUGGCGAGUGAUGAAUUCUGCACUAAACUUUUGCAAUUCGCGCGCGAUGCCGAGGACCAGAAGGUUGCUGAGGAAGAAGAGGAUUUGGAGAUGGGUGAUGCGCCUGACGAAUAUCUAGAUCCGCUCAUGUUUACAAUUAUGAAGGAUCCGGUUAUCUUGCCGGCUUCUAGGGUGACAAUAGAUCGCAGUACGAUCAAAAGCCAUUUGUUGAGUGACUCAACUGAUCCGUUUAACAGAAUGCCAUUGAAACUAGAGGAUGUUAUACCCAAUGAUGAAUUGCGACAUGAGAUCGAAGCUUUCCGCAAGAAGGCCGCACACAACAGAGCAUCACAGCAGUAA